GCCUACGAUUUUCUGGCUUUCAUUUUCUCGCAUUUUCAACAGUAAUAGCAGAGGAUGGGGAAACAAAAGAAGGAGAAGGCCCGUCAAGCGGCGGAGAAGUCGUCCAGCGGAGGUCCUUCUCUGAGCAAUGUCACUCAUGUGAAAGGUGUCAACUUUUACCGGGAUGCUAAGAAAGUGCGACAGGUCAAUAUGUUGAAGGGGGGCAAGGCGACGCGGAACGCCGACGGAAAGAUUAUCAAGGCUGCAGAGUUCCAGACUCGCCUUGCACCAGGGACGCAAGCGAGGGUGCAACCUGAUCGACGAUGGUUUGAGAACACAAGGACGAUUGGCCAAAACGCUUUGACAGCCUUUCGUGAAGCCAUGGCGAGUCGAGCAAAUGAUCCAUAUACAUUCAUAAUGCGACAGAACAAACUGCCAAUGAGUUUAUUGACAGACCCAACAAAGGUGUCUCGGAUGCAAUUGCUCGAAACCGACUCAUUCGCAAAUACUUUUGGACCCAAGGCACAGCGAAAGAAGCCAAAGUUGAAGGCUGGAUCUCUGGAUGAUUUAGCGGUCAAUGUCUCGGAUUCCCUAGAUGGUUAUGACGCUGCAAAGGACGAAAAUUUGUUAGCCAACGUUCGAACGGAUGGAGCAAUCGAUGCAGCGAAGGACCCCUUCUUGCGAGCUGGGCAGUCAAGGCGUAUUUGGAAUGAGCUCUACAAGGUUUUGGACUCUUCCGAUGUUGUGAUUCACGUUCUGGAUGCACGGGAUCCCAUGGGCACACGCUGCAAAAACGUUGAAAAGUAUUUGAAGGAGGAGGCCAAACAUAAGCAUUUGAUCUUUGUGCUCAACAAAUGUGAUCUAGUUCCUACGUGGGUAACGGCAAAAUGGGUCAAAAUUCUCUCCCAAGAGUAUCCCACAUUGGCUUUCCAUGCUAGCAUCAACAACUCCUUCGGCAAGGGGUCAUUAAUUCAGCUACUCCGGCAAUUCAGCAAACUACACGCGGACAAAAAGCAGAUUUCUGUCGGGUUCUUUGGAUACCCAAAUACCGGAAAAAGCUCCAUCAUCAACACAUUACGCCAAAAGAAAGUGUGUACCGUUGCGCCGAUCCCAGGUGAAACCAAGGUCUGGCAAUAUAUAACAUUAAUGAAACGUAUCUAUUUAAUCGACUGUCCGGGAGUGGUACAUCCGGGUCCGGAGGAUUCGGAAACUGACAUCGUCCUUCGAGGGGUUGUUCGAAUUGAAAAUAUCAGCGGUCCAGAACACCAUAUACCUGCCGUUCUAGAAAGAGUACACCCUGAGUAUAUCCGUCGAACAUAUGAUGUACGGGAAUGGGAGGAUCAUAUCGACUUUCUGAGUCAGGUUGCUAAGAACACUGGCAAGUUGCUGAAGGGCGGGGAGCCAAAUGUCCCGGCGGCAGCAAAGAUGGUGUUGAAUGACUGGCUUCGCGGAAAGAUCCCUUACUACGCCAUGCCACCUGAUUCGGAAGAGCAUGAAGCGCGUGAAAAGGCGGACGAACAGGCUGGACCGAUUGUGCAACAAAUCUUCUCCAAGAUACCCGUCACUACCAAGUUCCUUCCUGAUGAUGCUAAGAGAGAUGCAGGGGAUGAUGCCACAGCUCUGACAGAUGGAGAGGAAGAUGCAGUCAACGUUGAGACUGAGGCCAAAGGAGAUGAAGAGAACCCGAUCGAGAAUGACACAGUAACAGAUUGGGAUGAAGUGUUUGAAAGUGUGGUUGGAGAGGAUGGACCUGUAAUUGAGCAGGAUGACCUGGAAAGUCCUUCCGAGUCUGGCGAGCCUGAUGUGGAAGGAGUCGCAGAUGCAGAGGCAGAGGAGGAAUCAGUUGAGAGCGACGCCGACGAGACCAGCACUCCAGAAGCCGUUCAGCCGGUGGACACCCGUACCCGCAUGCGCCAAAGGCUCUUGAAAGCCAAGGGCCUACCCAAGUUCUCCGUAAAAGACGUUGGCACAUCAUCAAAUAAAAGGCAGCACGAAGACUCCGAUGACGACAGUGACAAGACGCGAGUCAAAAAGUCACCGCGGAUGACGACCAACAAGAAAAAGGUUGGCGAUCAUUAUUAUGAGAGUGCCAAUGUCAAGAAUAAGAAUCGGAAUAAACAGAAGCCUAUUGAUCCGGCUACUUUGGCGAAAAAGUUGCAAGGAAAAGGCACACGCCGGCGAUGAGUUUUAUACGUGAUAGAUGGUUAUUGUAUAUAUUAUUUAUCGUUGUUUUUGCUUUGAAUCUAUAGCUGCAAUAUAGGAGUUGGUCUUUUGUCUUUGACCAGUUGGAAAGAAUGAAAGCGUUAUCAGUUUGCCCGA